UACUGGUGGAAAAUGGCGGCUCGGUGUGGCUCUCGGCACAAAUAGUAAAAACAAAAAAGACAGAAAAUCUGGAGUCACACAAGGAACUACAAACAGCGCACCAGAUACACUAACGAAAAAGUUUCGUCAAACUCGUGAGAAUGUCUCGCUGGGUCCCCACGAAAAAGGAAAAGUACGGUGUUGCUAUCUAUAACUAUGAUGCCCGUGGAGAGGAAGAGCUGUCCUUACAGAUCGGGGACACUGUGCACAUAUUGGAGACUUACGAAGGCUGGUACAGAGGGCACAUUUUGAGAAGAAAGUCGAAAAAGGGUAUAUUUCCUGCAUGUUACAUACAUCUGAAGGAGGCAACAGUCGAAGGCAAUGGGCAAAAAGAGACAGUCAUCCCCAAUGAGCUGCCCCUGGUCCAGGAGGUCACCACAACGCUGCGAGAGUGGGCCUCUAUCUGGAGAGACCUGUAUGUGGGAGACAAGCGAGAGAUGUUCAACACUGUCCGCGACAUGAUAUACGACCUCAUCGAGUGGCGGUCUCAGAUCCUGUCUGGCACCCUCCCCCAGGAUGAGCUCACGGAGCUCAAACAGAAAGUCACCUCCAAAAUAGAUUACGGUAACAAAUACCUGGACUUGGACUUGGUGGUGAGGGACAAGGACGGGAACAUCCUGGACCCGGACCAGACCAGCACCAUCAGCCUCUUCCGAGCCCACGAAGCCGCCUCAAAACAGAUCGAGGACAGGAUCCAGGAGGAGAAGUCCCAGAAGCAAAAUAUCGAUCUGACCAGACAAGCCAAGUUCGCCUCCACGCCCUCCUUUGCCCUGUUCGUCACCCUAAAGAACGUGGUUUGUAAAAUUGGCGAGGACGCCGAGGUCCUCAUGUCCCUCUACGAUCCUGUGGAGUCCAAGUUCAUCAGUGAGAAUUACCUGGUGCGAUGGUCCAGCUCGGGGUUGGUGAAGGACAUAGAUCAGCUCCACAACCUCCGAUCAGUAUUCACUGAUUUGGGAAGUGAGGAUCUUAAGAGAGAGAAAAUCAGCUUCGUUUGUCAGAUCGUGAGGGUGGGACGCAUGGAGCUGCGGGACAAUAACACAAAAAAACUGACCUCAGGUCUGCGGAGGCCGUUCGGAGUAGCAGUGAUGGACGUCACUGACAUCAUCACGGGCAAAAUGGACGACGAGGACAAGCAGCACUUCAUCCCGUUUCAGCCGCUAGCGUUGGGUGAGGCCAUCCACCACAAGCAGCUGAACAUCUCCCGUUUCUCACCCAGGGUGGCAGGAGAGAACGACUUCCUGCAGACAGUCAUCAACAAAGUCAUCGCCGCCAAGGAAGUCAAUCACAAGGGCCAAGGCCUCUGGGUGACUUUAAAACUGCUUCCUGGGGACAUCCAUCAGAUCAGGAAAGACUUCCCUCACCUGGUGGACCGCUCCACGGCAGUGGCCCGCAAAAUGGGCUUCCCCGAAAUCAUCAUGCCAGGUGACGUGCGGAAUGACAUAUACGUCACCCUAGUCCAGGGCGAGUUUGACAAAGGCAGCAAGACCACCCCCAAGAAUGUGGAAGUCACCAUGUCCGUCUACGAUGAGGAUGGCAAGAAACUGGAGAAUGUGAUUUUCCCUGGUGCAGGAGAUGAAGGUAUCUUGGAGUACAAAUCAGUGAUCUACUAUCAAGUCAAACAGCCUCGUUGGUUUGAAACCAUCAAGGUGGCCAUUCCCAUUGAGGACGUCAACCGCAGCCACCUGCGCUUUACCUUCCGCCACAGGUCGUCCCAAGACUCCAAAGACAAAUCGGAGAAAAUAUUCGCCCUGUCGUUCGUGAAGCUGAUGAGGUACGAUGGAACGACGCUGAGGGACGGAGAGCACGAUCUCAUUGUGUACAAGGCAGAAGCCAAGAAAUUAGAGGACUCCUCCCACUACCUGAACCUGCCGGCCACCAAGCUGGAGCUGGAGGAGAAGGGCUACUCCACCACAGGGAAGAGCACCCAGAACCUGGCCAGCUGCACCAUCAGCAAGGACUCCUUCCAGAUCUCCACGCUGGUGUGCUCUACCAAGCUCACCCAGAAUGUGGACCUUCUGGGUUUGCUGAAGUGGCGUUCCAACACUAGCCUGCUGCAGCAGAACCUGAGGCAGCUGAUGAAGGUGGAUGGAGGCGAGGUGGUCAAGUUUCUGCAAGACACCCUGGAUGCCCUCUUCAACAUCAUGAUGGAGAACUCUGACAGCGACACCUUCGACACACUGGUGUUUGACGCCCUGGUGUUCAUAAUUGGACUCAUUGCUGACAGGAAGUUUCAGCACUUCAAUCCUGUCCUUGAGACCUACAUUCGAAAGCAUUUCAGUGCCACCCUCGCGUACACGAAGCUGACCAAGGUGCUGAAGAACUAUGUGGACAACGCGGAGAAGCUGACGGAGCAGCUGUUCAAGGCCAUGAAGGCGCUGGAGUACAUCUUCAAGUUCAUCGUCCGGUCCCGGGUGCUCUUCAACCAGCUGUACGAGAACAAAGGCGAGACAGACUUCAUGGAGUCCUUGAGGAAUCUCUUCACCUCCUUCAAUGACAUGAUGAACAGCAACUCGGAGAGCACCAGCAUGGUGAAGGGUGCUGCCCUGAAGUAUGUCCCCACCAUUGUCAAUGACGUCAAACUGGUUUUUGACCCAAAGGAGCUCAGCAAACUCUUCACGGAAUUCAUCCUCAAGGUUCCGCUAGGCCGCCUGGUGAAGCAGAAGCUGCACUGCAUGAUCGACAUCGUCCACAGCGACCUCUUCACCCAGCACGACUGUCGAGAGAUCCUGCUGCCCCUGAUGACAGACCAGCUCAAGUUCCACCUGGAGAAGCAGGAGGAGCUGGAGGCCUGCUGCCAGCUGCUCAGCAACAUCCUGGAGGUGCUCUACAGGAAGGAUGUGGGCCCGACACAAUGGCAUGUCCAGAUCAUUAUGGAGAAGCUGCUGAGAACGGUGAACCGAACGGUCAUCUCCAUGGGGCGCGACUCCAAGCUCAUCGGCAGCUUUGUUGCCAGCAUGACUGCCACCCUGAGGCAGAUGGAGGAGUACCACUACGCUCACCUGAUCAGCACCUUCGGCAAGAUGAGGACUGACGUGGUGGAUUUUCUGAUGGAAACAUUUAUCAUGUUCAAGGAUCUCAUUGGGAAGAACGUCUACCCCGCCGACUGGGUCAUAAUGAACAUGAUGCAGAAUAGAGUCUUUCUGCGAGCUAUUAAUCAGUAUGCAGCCGUGCUGAACAAGAAGUUCCUCGAUCAGACCAACUUCGAGCUUCAACUGUGGAACAACUACUUCCACCUGGCAGUGGCUUUCCUCACCCAGGAGUCCCUCCAGCUGGAGAACUUCUCCAGCGACAAACGAGCCAAGAUCUUCCACAAAUACCAGGACAUGAGACGACAGAUUGGAUUUGAAAUUCGAGACAUGUGGUAUAAUUUAGGUCCUCACAAGAUAAAGUUCAUCCCAGAGAUGGUGGGUCCCAUUCUGGAAAUGACGCUGGUCCCAGAGAUCGAGCUGAGGAAGGCCACCAUUCCCAUCUUCUUCGACAUGAUGCAGUGCGAGUUCCACUUCACCCGGAGCUUCCAAAGGUUUGAGAACGAGAUCAUCACCAAGCUGGAUCACGAGGUGGAAGGGGGCCGAGGAGACGAGCAGUACAAAGUCCUCUUUCAGAAAAUUCUUCUCGAGCACUGCCGGAAGCACAAGUACCUGGCCAGGAGCGGGGAGAACUUCGUCACGCUGGUGGUGAGGCUGCUGGAGAGGCUGCUGGACUACAGGACCAUCAUGCACGACGAGAACAAGGAAAACCGCAUGAGCUGCACGGUCAACGUGCUGAACUUCUACAAGGAGAUUGAGAGAGAAGAGAUGUACAUCAGGUACCUGUACAAGCUGUGCGACCUCCACAAAGAGUGCGAUAACUAUACCGAGGCGGCCUACACACUGCUGCUACACGCCAAGCUGCUCAAGUGGUCCGAAGAGGCUUGUGCAGCCCAUCUGACCCAGAGGGACGGCUACCAGGCAACGACGCAAGGACAGCUGAAGGAUCAGCUCUACCAAGAAAUUAUCAAUUACUUUGACAAGGGCAAGAUGUGGGAAGAGGCCAUAAUACUGGGCAAGGAACUUGCAGAGCAGUACGAGAAUGAAAUGUUUGACUUUGAGCAGCUGAGCGCCUCCUUAAGGAAGCAGGCCCAGUUCUACGAGAACAUCGUAAAGGUGAUCAGACCCAAGCCCGAUUACUUUGCUGUGGGCUACUAUGGACUGGGGUUCCCCUCCUUCCUGCGGAACAAGAUGUUCAUCUAUAGAGGGAAGGAGUACGAGCGGAGGGAGGACUUUGAGGCCAGGCUGCUGACCCAGUUCCCAAACGCUGAGAAAAUGAAGACGACCACCCCUCCCAGCGAAGACAUAAAGAACUCCUCUGGACAGUACAUUCAGUGUUUUACAGUGAAACCGAUCCUGGAGCUCCCACCAAAGUUCCAGAACAAGCCAGUAUCAGAGCAAAUUGUGAGUUUUUACACUGUUAACGAAGUCCACAAAUUCCAGUAUUCCAGACCGGUUAGGAAGGGGGAGAAAGACCCAGACAACGAAUUUGCGACCAUGUGGAUCGAGAGGACCACGUAUGUGACGGCCUACAAGCUGCCAGGGAUCCUGAGGUGGUUCGAAGUCGUAUCCUUCUCCACGGAGGAGAUCAGUCCCCUGGAGAAUGCCAUAGAGACCAUGCACCUGACCAACGAGAAGAUCAACGACAUGGUGCAGCGGCACCUGAACGACCCCAACCUGCCCAUCAACCCACUCUCCAUGCUGCUGAACGGCAUUGUGGACCCCGCCGUCAUGGGCGGCUUCACCAACUAUGAGAAGGCCUUCUUCACAGAGAAAUAUUCGCAGGAGCACCCGGAGGACCAGGACAAGAUCGAGAAGCUGAAGGACCUGAUCGCCUGGCAGAUUCCGUACCUGGCGGAGGGAGUGCGCAUCCACGGCGAGAAGGUGACCGAGGCACUGAGGCCCUUCCACGAGAGGCUGGAGGCCUGCUUUAAGCAGCUCCGCGAGAAGGUGGAGAAGCAGUACGGCGUCAAGACACUGCCAGGGGCGGAUGAGAGGCGGGGCACCCGUCCACGGUCCAUGGUGCGCUCCUUUACCAUGCCCUCCUCCCAGAGGCCCCUUUCCGUCGCCUCGAUCACCUCCAUCUCCUCCGACAACUCACCCUCCAGACCAGGCUCAGACGGAUUUGCCUUAGAGCCUCUCCUGCCAAAGAAACUGCACUGCAAGUCUCAGGACAAGCUGGACCGCGAGGAGCCAGAGAAGGACAGGAAGGAGAAGAAGAAGGAGAAGAGGAACAGCAAGCACCAGGAGAUCUUUGACAAGGAGCUGAAGGCCACGGAAAUCCCCAUGCAGCCAGCAGAGGCUGUCAUUCUGUCAGAGACGAUCAGCCCCCUCAGGCCCCAGAGACCAAAGAGUCAGGUGAUCAACCUGUUGGGCGGGGACCGGCGCCUCUCUGUGUCCCCGGGGCCCCCGACGUCCUCCCCAGCCCCCCCUCCCAUCACCCCCCGAGCCAAGCUGGCCUUCAGCCUCCACACAGGCUCCAAUCUGGAGCUGAACGGGAUGGGCUGCCCAGAGAAAGGAGACACUCCGCCCCCUCUCCCUGUGAAAGGCAGCAUGGCCGAUUACGGGAACCUGGUGGAUAAUCAAGACCUGACGACUCCCACUACGCCUCCCCCGCCCCCGCCACAUCAAAGGCACCUGCCUCCCCCCUUGCCCAGUAAAACCCCCCCUCCCCCUCCGCCGAAGACCACAAGGAAGCAGACAUCGAUCGAUUCAGGAAUCGUACAAUGAGCAAAGACAAUAACAAAAAAAGCCUUAUCAUCCCCUGAACACAGAGAGCUGUAAUAUUUUCUUUCUACCGUUCCCAUCCCGCCCUCACUCGCUUGACAAGAUGAAUACCUCAUUCAGGUCUUCUCAAAUUAUCUUCUUUUUUUUUCUCUCUCUUCCCUCUUCGGUGCAAUGAUGCUGUCAGCCGAAAGGGAAUCUCUUCUGUAGCGCAGAAUUUUAAUCAGGUCGUCAGCUGCUGAGGUGUUGAUGCAGUCUUCCCCGCACCACUCCAGACCUGCACGCCGAGUGCUUAAAGGAGUUAUUGCUCUGUUUUAUACACUGACAAAGACACGCAUGUCCAGAACAGAACCAGUUUCAGGAAUUGAUUGCUUUUGACUGAAUCAUAAUUGACCAUUUGUUUUUAGCUUACCCCAUAUGCCCAUUAUGUACAGUGGUUUGUAUAUAUGAUUUUAUGACUUUUUUUUGAACAGCAAAUUUUAUGAUGCAUUUUUUUUGUAUUAACACUGCAUUAGAUUAACUGGCAGACAUAUCCAAAAAAGGGCUUCUAGCAUUUAAAAUGACAGGGAUUGUAAAGAACUGGUAUACAAGUACCUCUUAUGGAACUUAUUUAAUAAUGGGGUUUUGGAGUGUGUACAACUAACUCCCUUCGUAUUAUCAAUGUAUAGGACUUGUAAUAGAAUGCUGUAACCAUCAAUUCCAAUAAUCUGACCAUUCCAAAUUCACUACUGACUUCUGAAUAAACUCUUAAAAUGUAUGUAUUUUUAAAAAUGAUUGUGUGCUUUUUCCAGUUUGUAGAUUGUCCGUCUAAAUUCUAAUAAAAGCCAGUGACUGAGUCUCUGAGA